AUGUUUCUUCUAUUAUUAAUUAAUGAGCUGUUUUUUCUUUCCAGGAACAGUUUGUUCUUUUAUUCAUCUGGUGUAUCACUUGGUCUUAUCAUGUCACUUCUUCUGCUUGUCUACAUACUGCACAGACUAAUCCCAGGGGUAAGAGAGAGCGGUGUGGUGUCAAUGUUAAGACCUAACCCUGGGGUUUUUCUUCCCAGAAACAGCUUGUUCUUUUAUUCAUCUGGCCCUGGUUGUUCAAACGUUGGACAGCGCUCUCCACUGGAUAAAUCACUAUCCAGCGGAUAAGUAUUACGGAAAUCAAUAGCGCCAUCCGCUGGAUAGUGAUUUAUCCAGGUGAUAGCGCUACCCAACGUUUGAACAACUGGGCCCUGCUGUAUCACUUGGUCUUAUCAUGUCACUUCUUCUACUUGUCCACAUCCUACACGGAUUAAUCCCUGGGGUGAGACAAAAAGGUUCCGGGUCACUGUUAAGACUUAUCCGUUGGAUAAGACAAAGCAGUUUGGGGGUGAUGGUUUAGACAAAGUCCUGGGGUAAAGCGAGUAGAGGUGAGCGUUUGUUAACCCCUGUUAUGCUGGCAAUAGGAAGUUUAAAAAUGUUGAACGUGCAUGUAUGCAUUUGCUUAAGAAUUGUUGUCAAUAUUUCAGCAUAUUGUUUUAUGCCAUUUUCGCAACUGAGGCCGCCGUGUUUACUUGUUGUAUUUCACUGCGUUCGAUCUCAUGAGAACGCAACCUAAUCCCCUCGUUUGGGUGGCCAAGUCAAAAACGGAUGGCAGGACCAAAAGCAUGUCCUUUCGGGAAGUUUAUUGCAUUUACAUGUAUUGGAGUCGUUGUUUUAAAUGUUGUUGUUGUGUGGUCAUUCUUUUCAGAGAGGAGGUGCAUAUGCUGUUUUAAUUGGAGGAUGGUGUCUGGGUGCCUAUUUAAUCCAGUGGACUUGGAGUAACUUAAAAGACCUUCUACUUAACCACAACCAAUGGGUCAUUGGAUAUCUUGUUGUUAUAGGUAUGUCACUAAACAGACCUAUAGAUAUGAGGACCAGAUUUAACCACAAGUUUUUUCGCGUAUAUUCUGUAAACGUACAUAGACAACCCGGAAAACUUCAUUGUCCUUUUUUGUUUUUUUCAACAGAAACGUUGGUACGGUUAUUUUUAUCGAAGGAGGUUAAGCCCUCUCCCGAUCGCAAAGUGAUACAUUUUCGAACAUUUUAAUAACUUGUUUCCGCCAUUACGACAUUCUUGCUAAAAUCCGUAGUAGAUUGAAGACGGCUAUCGCGCUUUCUCGCCAAAAGAACGCUGGAUCACCCGUGCGCACUAUUUAAUUCAGUAGUAUUGAGAAAAUCUCGUCCUCGUCGUCGCGCCCUCGUUUUUUUUAAUAGAAUCUAAAGGUCUCUUAUGGGAAAAGGAAAACCUGCAUAUUAAAGAUUAUUAUGGUCGGUAUUUUUCAAAAACUCUUACUCUUUGACUGUUGUAUUACGCUCUAUAACAGCAGAGGUUUUUCCUUUAGUCAGGUAUCAGAAGCUUAUGUGUUUGCUGUUGUUACGGCCUAGUCAACGUAUUACGCUGUAUAACAGCUGUGUUUAUUUCCCGCUUUCUUCAGGCCUCAUAAGCUUUGGUGUAUGUUAUUAUUACGGCCCAGUAACCAGCGACCGCGGACUGGAUCUCAUUCGCUGGAUGCUGCAGCUUAUAGGAUUGAGCCUACUGUACAUGAGUACAAGGUCAGAUGAGGUCUCCAUAGCUCUGUGUAUUACAGUGGUUUCGUCCCAUAUAAUUCGCAGAAGUGGCAUCCUUGUCUUCUGUUUCAGACUGCUUCCUCAACACUGGUAAGGCUACCAUUCAUGCUGCCAAGAUUAAAUUAUAGGACAGAGAGGAAAACACCGUUGUUUGCUUUGAGGCAGUCAGGCGUGAACUUGAUGACGUUUCAAACGCGGACGUCCCAGGAAUUAGAGUUAGAAUUAGAGGCGGGUUAUCAGAAAUAAAAACAAAAAAAUAAUUAACAGUCGCCCUUGAACUAUAUAGCUAAAAGAAAAAAGAGCCAAGUAAAUAUGUUUAUAAUCUUCCAUCUAAUCAUACAACCUUUUAGUCGUUCUUUCUUGACUUUUCUUCGUUGGUUCGUUCUUAUACCCGUCGGAUCAAUUUAGGUUAGUGGGAAACUAACCACCUACUCCUCCCUAAGCCAACAGGUCGGGGCACCCUUUACUUUUAGACCAAAGUGAGAGACCGGGACUCCCCUCCCUCCCUCCCCCCCCCCCCCCAUCUCAGGGUCUGGAUGACCGCGGUUGAAUAAGACCGAUCGUCACUCCCAUGAUUAUGAGGGACAAGAAAGUUCCAAACUACGUAACACUAGAAAAUAAAUAACACUACGGGAGAGCCGUGUAGCCUGGAGACGUUUGUUUGAAUGAUUAAGCGUUUUUCAUUACAUUUGUAACCGACCACUCUUUUCAACUUUCUUCCUUCCUUUCUAUUCUUGUCUCUAAUGGACCGGAUUAUCAACAAUAGUUAACCAUGCAGGAGCUCUCCUGUCUCAAUAUAAAGCUAACUUAAUCGAUCGCUCUCCAAGGGAGUCAAAUCCUGAUUGAACAAACGGAAAUUCCAAGUGAUAGGAAUUAAGAAUAAGACCAUAGGGCCUGUGUGCAGGGCUACUCAAGAAAGUUUUUUUUUUACGUGGAGGCUCCCCCCCGCCCCUUCCCCCAAGGUCUAACCCUUUACCCUACAGUCGAACCUCCACCAACGGUCACUUUUUUCUGCCUCCAAGGUGGCCAUUGAGGAGAGGUUCAACCACAGGCGUCCCAAGCCCUAGCCUCCCGCAGACGUCCUUUGGAGUUCGUUCGUCACGCAUCAUUUCUCCCCAACGGACGUCCGUGGGGGAGAAAUGAAUGCGUGAAGAACGAACUCCAAAGGACGUCUGCGGGGAGGCUACCCAAGCUCACGUUGCGAGUUUGUAAUGUAAAUUUACUUUCUCACGCGGCUGUCGGUGUCGCGUCACAAGCCACCGUUCAGACUUAUAUUAGUAUGGGAAAUAAAAUACUGAGGUUUGCGAACGCUAAAUAUCAUAGUUUUUUUCUUUUUUUUCUAUAACAUAAAAUUAAUAAAGGAGACUUACCUUUUAUGAAUUCCUUGGUUUUUUGGUGUGAAUUCAUCGAUGCAGUCGGUUUUUUUGGCAGUUGUUUGUGUGACCCCUGCCACUCUCUUGGUGUUAUUGUAAACCGACUAUCUCUUUAAACUGCGGUAAAUACACCGUCACAAAAAUUACAAAACCAGAACGUUUUCGCCCGUUUCGUUUCGUUCGUUUUUCGUUUUCCCGCUCUUCCUUGUCUGAGCCGUUUUUGAGCAGCGGAUUUCUGGUACGGGAUCCCGGGUACGUAUCUCAUGUAUGAUCCAAUAGGAAAAUGGCGGCACACAUGGCAAGGAAAGCUCUUUACGUUUAUGGCGCAUUUUGCAUACUUUUGUUUGCCAAAGCGAGCUACGAAUGCGAAAGUAAGUAUUUACACUUUUUGCGUUGACUUAAGACAGAAUUAUGAGUAAUUCUGAAAAUGGAGUUCGAGAAAAGAGUCAAAACAAUUUUGAAAUUUGCCCCUCGGCCCCGCGCCUCUACUCGUUUAAGCAGAGUUACAUGUACGAUCAUUGUGCCGUGAUUGCACGAAAAACAAAUUUAAUUAUUUAUUCCAAUAAUUUAUGAUUCAAUGAGGGACAACUUAAGGUUUUUUUUCUCAGUCUCACCCUAGUAACAUCGGAUAAAAACAUUGUAAUGUUUAACUUAUUGAGAGCAAAGCUGGACAGGAUGAAAUGCAACAGUCAGAUAAUUUUUCAAUCCAAAAUACCUGUAUCAUUUUUACUAAACAUUUACGCGUGGUAAAGCCACGUACCCCAUUAACUCAGGGCGCGAAGAAAAUCCUGUCUUGUUAUCUAGGACAUUUAGUAGUUUUGCUAUUAAAUUUGGGUAAGGAACAUUGUUAUAUUCCUACACUUUCACUCAACUAAACAGGGACUGUCAUUGGUUGAUUCUUGGUCACGUGGCCUUGACUAAAAUCAAAUGUAUCCCGAUCGUGAUACAAUAAACAAUGUACCCCGCUCAGGCUACAUUACAGCACAUGAUCAAAGCAUGGUGGAAAGUAGCGCGACAGAAGGCGGAAAAAACACUGCCUGUUUUCAUUUUUGUGAAUGAACACAACAGCUUGAACACCAACACAAAGCCUCAAGCUAAAAAAGCAAUGAUUUUUUAAGGCAUCCUAGAAGAGAAAGAGCAGCUAGUGGAGAAAAAGAUGCAGAUAAUAUAAGGAAAGUACUUUGUAAUCAUUUAUUCAGUGAUUUUAAGAAUUACACUUGUGUUGCUAUAAGUACCAAGUCAACUGUUUUGGUUCGCUCCUGGGAGUGAUAUUCUUUUGUUGCUGUUGAAGUGAAAGUUUAGAAAUAUAACAAAACACUUAUAAUGUCAGGUCCCUUGGGAAACCAGUUAAUUUUGUUUUCCCUCGAGUCCUGAUGUUUCCCGAGACGAACAUCAGAACUCUCACGAGAACAAAACUAACUGUUUCCCUCGGGAUCUGACAUUAAGUGUAUAAUAAUCUUUUUUCCUCAGUUGUCCAAUGGGCAAAGGUCCAUUCAAGUCAUCUAGUAGUUAAAUCAUUAACAAGCAAGCAGUGGCCCUGGGCAAGCAAAAUGUAAGACCUGCUUGAGCUUUUUUCAAGCCCUACCAGAAACACAACAAAGUAACUUGAUAAUUUGUCUUCUUCAGACAUCUCCAUUUUCGAUCUAUCAAGAAAGAAGGAUUUUUCCAAGUUCCAAGCUAAGAACAUGAAAAUGUGUGUAUCGGGUAGGGAUGUCUCACUGUCACACUUGUGGGGCAGUGUGGUAGUUGCUCUUCAAUUUGACAAAACUGAUGUUCAAUCUUAUGAAGCUGAUAGGUAAGUUAAUUUUUUUCCCAACAAAAUGGUGACUAGUAACACUAAUUCCUUAAACAUUUCUUAAUUCAGCUAGCAUCUUCAUUGUAUACAAGUUGCUCUAGUAGUUACUUGUAUUGAAAGUUACUUGCCAGUGAUUUUAUGAGGAGAAACACUGUUGGUGUUAAAGUAGGCUCGAUUACCAGCGGCUGUUUCGAAAUGAGCCCGCUGGUCCUCCCAUGAACAGACAGCUGGACGCAUGGGCUUGCUAUUGUUAAUUACCACCAAUCAUAAGCUGCAAAUAGACUCUAUAGAGCCAUGGUCCUCCCGGUUCUAGAUUAUUGUGAUGCUGUUUGGCAUGACUGUUGACAAGGAAACAAUGAGAAGAUUGAGUGACUACAAAGAUGAGCAGCGAGGAUUGUCUACUUCAAAGCUGCCUCAAAACUGUCAACUGAUCAAAUUGGAACCUCUCUAUUAUAGAAGACAGACCCACAUUUUAAGAUUUGUUAAUGAUGGCAUUGCAAAUAGAGUUCCCAGAUACCCUUUUAAUUGUUUUAAUGUAAGAAACCGUGACAUUCAUCGCCAAAAAACUAGACAUAAUAAUGACCUUAUCUUAGAAAAAGAUUAGUUAACUUAGAAUGCACCAAGCGCGCUUUUUUCUACACAGGUGCAACAAAAUUUUUAAUACCUUUUAGAAUUUAAAACUGUUCGAAUCUUCCUGUUAACGUAGCUAUUUUAUACUAUUGUAAUUUGUUUUUAUCCAUAUUUUUAACCUUUUUUUUUCAGGACCUGCAUUGAUAGCAGUUUUUUCUUAAAACUGAUGCAGCAAUCCUGUAUAAAUAUGUUUAAAUUAUUAUUAUUAUUAUUAUUAUUAUUAUUACAAAAUUAUUAUUAUCGUUGGCUGCUCAAAUCAAGCAGACAGCAUAAAUCAUUUUAUUUUUCUGGAGCAGAUUUUAAACGGCAGGCCAAACUUAGGUGUUGUUUGAUUUGGUGUGCGAUUGUGUCUUAGAACGUUUUUUAACAAAGAAAAGUAUUCUCUUAGAGAAGCUGGCAAAUAGUAGGUAUGUUUUUGAAAUUCAACCAACUGGAACUGGAUCAAUAAUUAUUUCCAUUCUACAUGAAUGAUGGUUGUUUGCAGCUAACGUGAAAGAGACGACUGUCAAGUCCACCGGUAAUGCAGGGUCAAUGUAAAUACAAUCAGUACUUGUUUCUGCUGAUUUUUAUGGCAAAAAAAUUAAUACCAAAGUGAAGACGAGGCAAAGCACAACAUAUGUUUAGUAUUUAAUGACAUUUCCCAUUUUCGACGUUGAAGAUGCAUAAAGUUACUUUAUGGCCAUUCACUCAUCCAGCCAUCUCUUCUUGGGGAGGACUAAGAGAGCGAUGGAAAUCGUGCCUAGUGUUAAAGGGGUAUAGUAAAUAAUUUAUUAUUGUCUGAUUCUACAGUUAUAGCAACAUUCAUAUUUAUUAAUUAUUACUGGAUCACUACAUUCAGAUCAUUAUUACAUGUAUUUAUGUUGUGCAUUGUAAAUGAGUCAUUUUAAUAUGCUUACAUGUGUUGCCUCCUCACAUGUGUUUUCUGCUUUAAUCAGUAAUUUCAAAACAUUCUUUUUUAUUUGUAUUGCACUUGACAGCUGCCAUGCGCUCAACCCAGCCAAUAAAACUUGGGGAUCUGUGUUUCAGUCAUUGGUGACUAGCACUAACAUACAGGAUCAAAUCACAUUCAAGCAGUCACCAUUCAAAACUUCAUGCUUUGCAGUGGAAUUUGGAAAAAAACGGAAUGUGUUCAUAGAAGCUGAGUUUCAAGGUGAUUCUACAAAAUAAUUUAAUUUUAUGGUCAUGACAAAUAUCCAUGAUAAUACCAUUUCAAACUUAACAGUGGCCAAAGAGCAAGUUCAAAAGAAAAUUCAAAUUUCUUUUUGUAAAAUCAUAAAAAAUAAAUGGCAGUUCACCUGUAUUUUAAAGUUUUUACCAAAAGUUGUUUCAUUUGAAUGUCCAUAGCAUUGAAAGUUAGUGACAUACUGUAUUUGAUUAAGUAAGUACUGCCAGUAAUUAAUACCGUGAACAACACCAUCAAAUAAACGCUCACCCAAUCAGAAGAAUGUGGAGUUUAUGUGAGGAUAAUAAAAAAAUAAACUUGCUUUAACCCAAUAGUCUACACCAUGCAGACAAUAAUGAUAUGAUUCUAUUUCAGCAAAAAAGCACCUUACUUUUGUGCAUGUAGAGGGUAAAUAAUAAAGUUGUUAAUCUCUUUCCAUUUUAGUCAUUGACUGGAAAUUUCCAGCAGCAUUUCUAGCAGGCCUUGUCAUCUUUUACAAUGCAGAAAGACUUAGUAGGUAUACUAUCUAAACGUCCCCUUCCACAAUGUAAAUUUUAACAAGAACUUGAUUUGUUAAAGUGAUGAUGAUGAUAUUCGAGGAUGAUGAUAAUGAUGAUGAUGAUGAUGAUGAUGAUGAUGAUGAUGGUGACAGUAAUGACAGUUGAUCCAUUGAGUCUAUUUAGAUGCCAUACCAACUUUCAAUUGCUGCCAAUAGACCUUUGUCAUGGGGUGGCCAUUUUGUCUUAGGAGAUCUAAAAAGCUCUGUUUAUGCAUGGAUAGCCUCUUAGAGAGAACGAGGCUAGCUGUUCAUAAACAAAGCUUUUUAAGUUUACUGAGACAUAAUGAUCGCUGCGUGAGGGAGGUCUAUUGUAUGCUUACAACUACACUGUAGCAUUGCACCUCAGUAGUAGGUCUAGUUGUUUUUCACACCAUAAUUAUUAAUCUGAUCUUGUUAUUGCCCAUGGUGCACUAAAGUAAACUGAUCAAAAGCAGAUUCUAUGGAAAGUCACACUUUUGUUCUUUGUUGUUGUUCUUGCAAACUUUGUGCGCACAAGAUAGGAGAGCUGUGGAUCUGUUGUUCACAUUUCUCCUAUUAUUAAUUAAAGAGCUGUUUUUCUUUCCAGGAACAGUUUGUUCUUUUAUUCAUCUGGUGUAUCACUUGGUCUUAUCAUGUCACUUCUUCUGCUUGUCUACAUACUGCACAGACUAAUCCCAGGGGUAAGAAAAAAAACGGUGUGGGGUCAAUGUUAAGACUUAUCCUCGGGUAUUUUCUUUCCAGGAACAGCUUGUUCUUUUAUUCAUCUGGCUCUGGUUGUUCAAACGUUGGAUAGCGCUAUCCACUGCAUAAAUCACUAUCCAGUGAAUAAGUAUUACGGAAAUCAAUUACGCUAUCCGUUGGAUAGUGAUUUGUCCAGUUGAUAGCGCUAUCCAACGUUUGAACAACUGGGCCCUGCUGUAUCACUUGGUCUUAUCAUGUCACUUCUUCUACUUGUCCACAUGCUACACGGAUUAAUCCCUGGGGUGAGACAAAAGGUUUGGGGCCACUGUUAAUUAAGACUUAUCCCUUGGGUAAGACAAAGCAGUUUGGGGUGAUGGUUUAGACAAAGUCCUGAGGUAAAGCGAGCAGAGGUGAGCGUUUGUUAACCCCUGUUGUGCAGGCAAUAGGAUUGGAAGUUGAAAAAUGUUGAACGUGCAUGUAUGCAUUUGCUUAAGAAUUGUUGUCAAUAUUUCAGCAUAUUGUUUUAUGCCAUUUUCGCAACUGAGGCCGCCGUGUUUACUUGUUGUAUUUCACUGCGUUCGACCUCAUGAGAACGCAGCCUAAUCCCCGCGUUUUGGGUGGCCAAGUCAAAAACGGAUGGCAGGACCAAAAGCAUGUCCUUUCGGGAAGUUUAUUGCAUUUACAUGUAUUGGAGUCGUUGUUUUAAAUGUUGUUGUUGUGUGGUCAUUUCUUUUCAGAGAGGAGGUGCAUAUGCUGUUUUAAUUGGAGGAUGGAGUCUGGGUGCCUAUUUAAUCCAGUGGACUUGGAGUAACUUAAAAGACCUUCUACUUAACCACAACCAAUGGGUCAUUGGAUAUCUUGUUGUUAUAGGUAUGUCACUAAAGAGACCUAUAGAUAUGAGGACCAGAUUUAACCACAAGUUUUUUUCGCGUAUAUUCUCUAAACGUACAUAGACAACCCGGAAAACUUGAUUGUCCUUUUUGUAUUUUUCAACCGAAACGUUAGUACGGUUAUUUUUAUCGAAGGAGGUUAAGCCCUCUCCCGAUCGCAAAGUGAUACAUUUUCGAACAUUUUAAUAACUUGUUUCCGCCAUUACGACAUUCUUGCUAAAAUCCGUAGUAGAUUGAAGACGGCUAUCGCGCUUUCUCGCCAAAAGAACGCUGGAUCACGCGUGCGCACUACUUAUUUCAGUAGUAUUGAGAAAAUCUCGUCCUCGUCGUCGCGCCCUCGUUUUUUUUUAAUAGAAUCUAAAGGUCUCUUAUGGGAAAAGGAAAACCUGCAUAUUAAAGAUUAUUAUGGUCGGCAUUUUUCAAAAACUCUUACUCUUUGACUGUCGUAUUACGCUCUAUAACAGCAGAGUUUUUCCUUUCGUCAGGUAUCAGAAGCUUAUGUGUUUGCUGUUGUUACGGCCUAGUCAACGUAUUACGCUGUAUAACAGCUGUGUUUAUUUCCCGCUUUCUCCAGGCGUCAUAAGCUUUGGUGUAUGUUAUUAUUACGGCCCAGUAACCAGCGACCGCGGACUGGAUCUCAUUCGCUGGAUGCUGCAGCUUAUAGGAUUGAGCCUACUGUACAUGAGUACAAGGUCAGAUGAGGUCUCCAUAGCUCUGUGUAUUCAAGUGGUUUGGUCCCAUGUAAUUCGUUUCAGACUGCUUCCUCAACACUGGUAAGGCUACCAUUCAUGCUGCCAAGAUUAAAUUAUAGGACAGAGAGGAAAACACCGUUGUUUGCUUUGAGGCAGUCAGGCGUGAACUUGAUGACGUUUCAAACGCGGACGUCCCAGGAAUUAGAGUUAGAAUUAGAGGCGGGUUAUCAGGAAUAAAAACAAAAAAUAAUUAACAGUCGCCCUUGAACUAUAUAGCUAAAAGAAAAAGAGCCAAGUAAAUAUGUUUAUAAUCUUCCAUCUAAUCAUACAACCUUUUAGUCGUUCUUUCUUGACUUUUCUUCGUUGGUUCGUUCUUAUACCCGUCAGAUCAAUUUAGGUUAGUGGAAACUAACCACCUACUCCCCUCCCUAAGCCAACAUUUUGCCCUAAGUGAGAAGUAAGUGAUAAUGUUGGCUUAGGGGAGGGGUAGGUGGUCAGUUUCCCGGAAAUCUUAAUUGAUCCCACCCGUCCGGGCUUAGCCUGCUUCGCAGACGUAAUCUAACCCCGUUAGUAACUUCUGAGCAGCAGCGCUGAUAUCCUUGUUCUAGCCCCCCAACGGACUCAACGAAUUACCGGAAAUGCGUUUCGAGUUUUCCCUUCAAUGGCAAAUUUUCAAUAGCAUUUUAAACUGGCCAAUCAUAGCGCGUACUCAACAUAUAAGCUAAAAAAAAAUACAUUUAUCGUGUGGGUUGGGACUUGCAAAGCUUUCACUGUAAAAUUUGAAUGAGUUGUUUUCGUCUAUUUUAAUAGAA